CUUCACAGCACAGAGAAACAGCGCGUUUACACCACACGUGUGCUCUCUGUUUAUGAUAUAACACAACUGCGACUUCGUGUUUCUUUACACUUGUUUUCCCUCAAGGGUUCAUUUCCUCCACGCUGAACUGCUCUUUUUAGUUACAGAGAAGAUAAGGAGUAAGACAAGUCUUCUGAAAUGGCUAACGUUAAGUCGCCAACUUGUUGAUGGUGUCACUUCAUUUUUUAUUAUUUUUUUGCUGUCACUCAGGAAUGUGAAGAUGCCACAUUCUGUCAACUCCUUCCCUACGGAAACUCUCAUCUCGAAAACCUUCUCUUUGGACUUCUUCUCUAUCAGCGAACGCCCUACAGAGCCGUACGAAGCAGACAGCUUCAUCACCAGCUUCAGUAAUGUCAGCAACAUCAGCGGGUUAGGCGGCCUUCGCUGCACCUACAAGGAAGACUUUAAACGUAUUUUACUCCCUGCUGUGUACACCCUUGUCUUCCUUCUCGGCCUUCCUCUCAAUGCUGCCGUCAUACUGAAGAUAUGGAGGACUCGGCCCAGUCUGUCCAAAAACAACAUCUAUAUGCUCAACUUGGCCAUAGCCGACUUUCUGUAUGUGAUGUCACUUCCCUUGCUCAUCUACAACUACGGCAGUCAUGACUACUGGCCCUUCGGGGAGUUUGCCUGUAAAAUGGUCAGGUUUCAAUUCUACAGUAAUCUGCAUGGCAGCAUCCUCUUCCUCACCUGCAUCAGUGUGCAGCGCUAUCUGGGCAUUUGCCAUCCUCUUGCGAUGUGGCCCAAGCAAGGUGGCCGCAGGUUGGCGUGGUGUGUCUGCGGAGGGGUAUGGCUGGUGGUGGUCGUCCUGUGCGCGCCAACUUUUCACUUUGCUGCGACAGGAAUCCAGCGAAACCGCACAGUGUGUUAUGAUUUAAGCACACCAAAGCGCUCAGUAGACUACUACCCCUAUGGCAUGGCUCUGACCUGCCUCGGCUUCUUGUUGCCUUUCAUGGGUGUGAUGGUGUGCUACUGCCGGAUGGCCCACAUCCUGUGCCGCCCGGUGUCCUACCAGGGUGUCUCCAUGUCGACUGGGGAGAAACGGGACAGGGCGGUGAGGAUGAUCAUUGUGGUGGUGGCAGUGUUCUGCAUAAGCUUCCUGCCAUUUCACCUCACCAAGACCAUGUACCUGGUAGUGCGUACUCUGCCGGCUGUGCCCUGCGAGACAAGAAACUUGUUUGCAAUCAUCUAUAAGAGCACCAGGCCGUUUGCCAGCAUGAACAGCUUCCUGGACCCUAUUCUGUUUUACUUCACCCAGCCACGCUACCGCCAGAGCACCAGAAGGUUUGUUCUCAAAGUCACCAGCCUCAGGGACAAGGGCACCAGUGUGUGAGUGAACAGUAGAUCAUGCACUUAUAGCCUUGUUGCUACGCCAGUGGUGGAUCCUACGAUGUUGCAAAGUGGUACAUGUAUUUGUUGCUGAGUUUUUUUAACAGGUUUCCUUGUGCAUGUCCUAAUGUAAGCUGUAGUCCUUUAUGCUCCGACCUACUACCGAAUGUAACAAAGAAGUGGACCUUCCUAAGGGGAUUUGAAAACAAUUCAGAGGUACUGGCAUAUCAACAAACCUUAUGAAAUUAAAUAUGAAAGUUGUAAUCUUUUAAUGUAGAAAGUAAACAGAAAGAGUUGUGAAGAAAAUCCAUAUUCUGGUGUCACUCAUAUAAUCUUGAAUUGGCAGACUACAGGUGUAUUUCUGUAGGGCAUUUAGGCACUUUGGACACUUCACAUUGAGAUUCCUGAUUCUAUAUUGCCUUUAUUUUAUUAAAUAUUGGCUAUAUAUGGCUAAGGAGUACUGCACAUGUACUGUACAUGUAAAUGCUGAUUACACCGUCAGCAGACCAGGGCAUUUACAUCCUGCAUUGUCUCUGUUAUCUGUGAAAUGUUUACUCUCAGUGUGCGCUGAGCACUGCGUAGUAAAGGACAAGCUUUUCUUAUUUUUGUUUCAUACUGUGAACUGCAGUAUAGUAGAAAUGCUCUAAAAUUAUAAAAUAAUGAGCACAGUCUCCACAGUUUAUAUCCAAGAUGAAAUCAUUUUGAGAUACGUGUGGUGUAUAAAUGGUUACAGAAAGAAGGAAGAUCCAUAAAUACUUAGUUCACUAUGGCAUAAAGCCAUGUUAAAUGCUGCUGGAGUGAAACAUGCCACACAAACAUAGGAUUGCAAAAACAUGGCAGUUGAAGUAGUUUGAAAAUGAAAAAUGUAUUUGAACAUUUUCAUAUGAAGUUUAUCGCUGUUUUUUCCCUAAACGUGACACGUUGUUUAAACGUUAUUCAAGUUGUAAGGCUUGUGUUUGCAUGUUUUCACCACUGGAUGGUGUGUGCACCCCACUGCUGUAACCCCACUGUACUUUGUAUUGUAUUAUACAGGUAACUGCAGCAUUUAGCUGAUACACCUGCUGCAAACAUAAAUUAAUCUUAAUUAUAAAAUGUGCCUGAGGUGGAUAAUGUGGGUUUAGUCCUGAAUGUGUUAACUCAGUAAUGUAAUGUAAUGUAUUUUAAUCCAUAACAUACACCAGGCUCUCCCAGCCUUAAAUCUCUCUCUCCUCUCUCCUCAUGGCUCAUGCGGCCCUGUCUAAUUUGACAAUUGUGAAAUUAAACUGGAAUUAUUAAAAUUAUUCAGAAAAUAACUCUAAAGCGACUGUAACAGACAACCUUUAGGCAGCUUUACUACCUAAACAUGGUUCGAACUUGUGACUGUAGUUUGAGUUUUGCACCCAUUAGGUAGUAAAUUAGUGUAUUUUAAUGUGAACAUGUAAUUUUCAAGCAUUUUAAAUGCAAGGAACAUUGUGAUUGCAAUAUGAGGUCUUGUGCUUAAAAAUGUAAGGAACUUCUUAAUGUAAUGUAAUGUAAUUUACUGUAUGUUGUGCUUCAGCAAAAAGUGACUGCACUGGUAUUGUUUAUGUGUCUGUUUGGUCCAGUGUUUGUGAUGUCUGAUUUAUAUUUUUGUCAGCCAGUAUUAUUUAGAAAAAAAUCUUAUUUUUGCAAAAUACUGUAACAAAGAGUAGUAUGACGAAAAAUUAAUUUUUUAUGUUUUUAUAUAGUUUAGUUUUUUUCCUCCCUCUUGAGUUGCUUGUCAAAAUGUUUUGGAUGUUGUCAUAAUGUAAAACUAACUGAAAGCAGCCAUUAAAGUCACACAGCUGCUCACGAGUGUCUUUGCUUCAUUCAGAGUCUAGCGAAUGUAUAUUUUUGCCUUCUUUUUCACUGUACAAAAUAAACGUUUACUCUGCC